GGUAAUAAAGUUUCCGAGGGGCAGCGCCUGCGUACGAGCCCUCGUCGCCCCUCCGCUUUCUUAAAGGGCCUUGUUGGCAAUGUAGUUUCUGGGCUCGGCGUCCGGUCUGUGCCCCGCCUGCAGACCCCUGCGGCCCAGGCGAAGGUUUCCUGAGCUGCUGGCACGCGGGUGCCUGGAGGACAUCUGUAAUGCUCCAGAAACCCAAGACCGUGAAACUGCGGGCCCUGCGCAGCCCGAGGAAGUUCGGGGUGGCAGGCAGGAGCUGCCAGGAGGUGCUGCGCAAGGGAUGUCUCCGGUUCCAGCUCCCAGUGCACAGCUCCUGGCUGUGUCUUUACGAGGACGGCACGGAGCUGACUGAAGACUACUUCCCUAGUAUCCCCGACAAUGCCGAGCUGGUGCUGCUCACCUCGGGCCAGACCUGGCAGGGUUGUAAGUGGCAAGGACCUUGGAGACUCUUCUUGUGUCUGGGGGCAGCUUGUGUCUUCUGCUGGGCUGUACACCUUUUUGUUUGUCCCCCAUUGGCUGCAGAUGUGAGUGACAUCGGUCACUUCCUCAGUGUGUUUCAUGAGCCCCAUGCGGAGGUCAUCCAGGCCGCCCGGCAGUUGCUGUCUGGUGAGCAGGCUCCGCUGAGGCAGAAGCUGCUGGCUGACCUCCUGCACAACGUCAGCCAGAACAUCUCCGCCGAGACCCGGGCAGAGGACCCGCCAUGGUUUGAAGGCUUGGAGCCCCGGUUUCGGAGUAAAUGUAGCUACCUGAGGUACAGCUGUGAGAGCCGGAUCCGGGCCUACCUGAGAGAGGUGAACUCCUAUGCCUCCUCAGUGGGCGCAGAGGCCCAGGAGGAGUACACGCGGAUCCUGGGUGCCAUGUGUGAGAAGCUCAAGUCCAUGCAGUACAACGGCAGCUACUUCGACAGAGGCGCAAAGGCCAGCAGCCGCCUUUGUACACCGGAAGGCUGGUUCUCCUGCCAGGGACCUUUUGACACGGACAGCUGCUUGUCGAGACACUCCAUCAACCCCUACGGGAACAGAGAGAGCAGGGUCCUCUUCAGCACCUGGAACCUGGACCACGUAAUAGAAAAGAAACGCACCAUUGUCCCUACGCUGGCCGAAGCAAUCCAGGAACAAAACGGGAGAGAAAUAGACUGGGAGUAUUUUUACAGCCUGCUUUUCACCUCCGAGAAUCUAAAGUUGGUGCACAUCGCCUGCCACAAGAAAACCACCCACAAGCUCGGCUGUGACCCAGGCAGAAUCUACAAGGCCCAGGCGGGGCUGAAGCGGAAGGGGCCUGCCCGAAAACCCCGGCCAAGUGCUCACACCGCAUUCUCACCCCUGUGUGAGGCCUGAUGCGGGGGCUUAAUUUUAAGAGGUGCUAAUUUCUUCUGGGGAGGGUCUUCUGGGAAAAAUAACUUUAAAAAAGUAUUUCCUGCCAUUGUGAUUUCAGUAUAUUUCUGAAUCUGUCCUCUCUGCCUUCUGACAGCCCAACUUCCAGAGGACAGCUGCCGAGUACUCACUGGACAUGUGUGGGGCAGACUGGUUAGGGGCCAGGAAUUGUCUCUGAGCUCAGGGAUGCUUCCUCCUGUGAUGUCACCAGCGUCCUGUGUACUCACACAGGACGGUCCCCAUGUGGCAGUUGUGUCAUGGCUGAACUUGGCCGCCCCUGCUGGAGGGACAGGCUGUCCAUGCAUCAGCUGCCUUGUGGUCUCCACCCCACAGCGGGUGGACAGCUGCACCCUGUAGGCUCCUUCAGAUGCCCCAGAGAGAGGGGCGCUCUGUAAACAGCACACAGGAUGCCCACUGUAAAUGGGCAUAAUGGUAAAAACUGGAGCCCUCCAAGUCUGCAGGAGGGCAGUGGCUGCUUGUGGCAUCACAUUGAACUGUAUGAUAUUGCUGUUUUUCUAGGUUAAAAGUGGUCAGUUGUCAUUUAUUUCGAGAUCAACCCAAUACAUCUACAUAAUGCAAAACUAUACAGCAGUGUGAAGCGUCUGUGAGAUACAGGCUUAUGUAGGAAAGGAGGCCGUCAGGUGCCUGUGGCUCCACCGUGCGGAGGGAGAGGCUGGGGGUAUGUCCCCCCACACAUGUAAGUGUGCUCCUGGCGCUGUCUGCAAGGAGACGGCACUCCGGGGACACGGAGGGGAGAGACUGGACGGCAUAGGGCUGACCUUCUAAAUCUUGUAUUUAUAAUAAAAUGCUUGAGUUUUUUGAAAUGAGGAUUUACUUUUUAACAUUAAAGUGUACUUUUUUAUGGCCAUACAUACAUAACAUUCGAAUUUUUACAUUUAUUAUAAAAUCAGGUAAAACAAGAAAGAUUUUUUAAAAACAGAUGUGUCAAAAAAGUUUGCACUCCUUGAAAAGAAGGAUAAAAAUAAGAGGUCAGUGAUGUUUCUAAAAUUGACCUAGGUUGUUCCAUUUUCUCCACUGAAAUGCAGCAAUUACUCAGAAUAAACCAGGUCCGUGAGGAGCCUGCAGAAGCCCUGCAGCAUGUGCCGUUUGUCUGGUUUGACGGGGACGUGUGGCUGGUGGGACACUUGGGGCCUCGCAGCCAGGAUGCCUGGUUCCUCUCAGAUUCCCUUGUGUAGGUGAAGAA